GCGAACAACAACGUUAGCGGCUUCAUACUCUGCACGUGGGUUAUUUUUGUUUAGAUUUGCCCACUUGGAACGUGUAGAAAUUAAAAAUAUGAAGAAUUUAGUUAAAAAACCUGGAAAACCUAAAUCUUUGGCCACCAUUGAGAAAAAGAAAAAGGUGGGCAAUACAGAAGAGAAGAUACAAAAAGUUAAGAAACUCAAGGAAGUCGUUGAGAAGGAAGCGGCUGAGGUAGCUCCCAAGAAACUAAAAACAAAAGUAAAAAAGACCCAAGAGUCAUCUGUGGAGUCAACCAAAAAAUCCAAAAAGCUAAAUAAAUCCGAUAAAAAUGAUGAUGGUAAAAAGAAGAAAAACAAAAAGUCCCACAAGGAGGAACUGGAAGGCUUGAAAGACAUUGAUCCAGAGUUCUAUGAUUUCUUGAAAAAGAAUGACAAACAGCUAUUGGAAUUCAAUAUGUUGGACAGUGAUGAUGACGACGAAGAGGCUGAGGUUAAAUCAAAGAAGGAAGUAAAAGGAAAAGCAUCCAAGAAAGAAAAGAAAUCAAAAAAGUCACAAGAUUCUGAUGAUGAUGAUUUUUUGGAUGAUGAUGAAGAAGAUGACGACGAAGACGAAGAAAUGGAUGACGAUGAUGAGGAGGAUGAAAAGUUUCACAAACCCAAUGCUGAUCUCGAGGUUGCCAGUGACGAGAGUGACUUUGAGGCCGAUGAAGAACCUGAAAUGGCUUCGGAUGGCGUACAAAAGGUUACAUUAAAUCUCCUACGCCAAUGGCAAAUACAAUUGGAGCAGGAUAAGGUGCCAAUAGAUAUUGUACGCAAAGUGACACAAGCAUUCAGUUCUGCACUAGCCAGUAUAACGCCCGAUGCAGAACAAGUGGAAUUGCCAUUUAAAGUUGUUGGCUCGGCAGCCUUUAAUGGUGUCAUCCAACUGUGUGUUUUGCAUUUGCAACCAGCAAUUCUAAGAUUCUUGGGUAUUAAGGAAAAGUCGAAUGUACCGCUUCACAAGAAUAAGAAAUGGAACAAAGUUCGUGGUUGUCUACGUUAUUAUUUAACCGAUUUGAUACGUCUUGUGGAACAAGUGUCCAGUCCCAAUAUCCUAUCGGUUUUACUCAAACAUCUGCAUCAAAUGGCCAACAUGGUGGCCCCCUUUACCACAUUGGGCAAGACAAUUUUGAAGCGUUUAAUUGUACUCUGGUCUACGGGCGAUGAAACCAUACGAGUGGUGGCAUUUUUGUGUAUCCUGAAAAUCACUCGCAACCAACAGGUUACCAUGUUAAAUCAUGUACUGAAGGCGAUGUACCUUUCCUAUGUACGUAAUUCCAAAUUCGUUUCCCCAAACACAUUGCCAUCCAUCAAUUUCAUGCGCCGUUCCUUGGUGGAAAUGUUUGCUUUGGAUUUGAACACCACCUAUCAACAUGCCUUCUUGUAUAUCCGUCAAUUGGCCAUUCAUCUGCGUAACGCUGUCAUUCUCAAGAAGAAAGACAGUUUCCAAGCUGUCUACAAUUGGCAGUACAUAAAUUCUUUGCGCCUUUGGUGUGAUUUGCUGGGUCUCACCGCAGAUAAACAACAACUGCAGCCUUUGAUUUAUCCCCUGGUAACCAUUGCCAUUGGUGUAAUACGUUUAAUACCCACAGCCCAAUAUUUCCCACUGCGUUUCCAUUGCUUGCAAUCACUAAUUGAAUUGGCCAAAAACACCCAUACGUUUAUACCCGUUUUGCCCCUAAUUUUGGAAGUUCUACGCAGCAACACUUUCAACAAGAAACACAGCUCCGUUUCCAUGAAACCUCAACAGUUCACGUGUAUAUUGCGUUUGAAUAAAGGACAAUUGGCGGAAAAUGGUUUCAGAGAUGAAGUUGUGGAACAAGUUUGUGGUCUGACAUUGGAGUAUUUGGCCUAUGAAUCAAAUUCCUUGGCCUUUUGCGAUCUGGCAGUGCACACAGUCACCGCAUUGAAGAGUUAUCUCAAGGAUUGUCGCAAUGCCAAUUAUUCCCGAAAAAUUAAGCAGCUGAUAGACAAAAUUGCCGAAAACUCGAAAUUCAUCGAACAGGAACGUCGUAAGAUUACUUUUGGUCUUAAGGACACGGAGCAAAUACGUGCCUGGGAAACACAGGUGCGCAACAAAGGCACACCAUUGGACAUUUACUAUAAUGCCUGGGUCAAGACACAUGAAACCAAGAAGAGACGUCAAGCAGCCCAGGCGGAUAGUGUUAAUGAUGGUUACGAUUUGCCAGUCCUAAAGAAACCGACUAAAAAGCCAAUGUCUAUUAAGAAUGAAGAUGGCGAAGUUGAACUGUUCCCCUCCGAUUCGGAAGAUGAUGAGGCUGGCGAUUCGAAAUUACCCGGUGUUGAGGAAAGUGACGAAGAACAAAUGGUCGUUGAUGAUGAGGAAACUAAGCCUAAGAAGAAAUCUAAAAAAGAUAAAAAGGAGUCCAAAAAGGCGAGCGCUGCAACAGAACAAGAAGUUGAUAUACCCGUUGAAGAGCCGGAAAAUGAAGAAGUCGAUAUUGUUAAAGAUUUGGAUAUGGAUGAUUGGUAGUUUUCUAAUUUUACUUUAUGUGGAAAGUAAAUUUAUAAUUUUAUUGACUUUAUCAAAUUAGUUAAGGAAUAAUAAAAUGUAAAAAUAAAAACAA